AUGGAGGACGUCGAUUUUAACGAGCUCAAAGAGCAAGACAGGCAGUUAAAGCGGACCAUCAAUGGAGUGGCAAGGUUCGUCGAAACUUUUUCGAUGGAACGGCAUGAGAAUCAAAUCGACGUUCGAUUAGAGUUGUUGGAAGAUGCAAUGAGGAGGUUCCACGUCGUUCAGCGGAAAAUCAAGGUGAUUUUGGACGAAGAAGACCUCGAAUUAAAGCCCGAAUCGAAGGAAACUGACGGACAGCGCGAUAAACGAGUGAAAUCCAAAAUUGCCAAGCGUGAGGCAGAUUUUGACGAGGCUGCGUCCCAGGUCGAAGAGGUUUACUGCGCAGCGAAAUCUUCCCUGCUAGCUUUCAAACGUACGAAACCAGUGUCAGUUGAAUCGUCAGAAACAUCUUCAAGUUCGGUUAUGUCUCGCGUAAAACUUCCUGAAAUCCAGCUGCCCCAUUUCAGUGGAAGAAUUCGAGACUGGGUAACAUUCCGCGACAUGUUCCAGAGCCUAAUCCAUAACAACGACCAGCUUUCCCCAAUUGACAAAUUCACAUACUUGAGGUCAUCGGUGACGGACGAAGCACUCCAAGAGAUCAGCUCAAUUGAACUCACGGCAGCAAACUACCAGGUGGCAUGGAACGUUUUGGAAAAGCGCUAUGAAAACAAAAAGCUCAUCGUCAAAGCACAUCUGGACGCGCUUUUUGCGAUCGAGCCAAUACGUCGAGAGCACAGUGAGUCGCUGAAUCGCCUCAUCAGUGACUUCGACAAAAACUUACAGAUGCUGGACAAGAUUGGGGAAAACACGGAAAGCUGGUCAACAUUGUUAGCUCACAUGGUCAGCAUGAGAUUGGAUCCAGUAACUCUUCGGCAGUGGGAAACGCAUCACAACUCAAAGGAAGUGCCCACCUACGCCAACUUGAUGAACUUCCUUCGAGACCAGUGCUUGGUUCUCCAGUCCCUCGUUGCCAACAAUCCUUCUGAGCCACACUAUCACCGGUUACGAGGCUCGCCUGAGACAGAGUAUCGACGCUUCAGGAACACAACAACACAUCUCACCUCGCAGCCUCCUGAACGUUGCGUCUUUUGUGGACAACGCCAUAACAACAUCUUCCAGUGUUCGAAUAUGAAGGAUUGGUCAGUUCCACAAAGAAUUUCCGAAGUACAAAAACGUCGCUUGUGUUUGAAUUGUUUAAGACCCGAUCAUUUUGCCAUAAAUUGCACCAGAGGAAAAUGCAAAAUAUGUUCCUUUAAUCAUCACACACUUCUCCAUGUCGAAUCCUCUCGUAAUUUCGCUCGGCCGACCUCACCAAAUUACUCCUCCUCCGUUUCCCCAUCGCGCAAUAGACCCGAUUCUGCCAAUCAGCGUCAAUCAAACCAUUGGAGGCAAAGCCCACGCCCACAGCGUACACACAAUCAAACAAGUCGACCAUCUACCAAUUCGUACCCAGUCAUUCAAGCACCCAACCCACAAGUCAACCCACAACACACCACAGACAAUCUUUCGCACACUUUUGAAAUCAGUCAGAAAUCCAAUGGAAGUUUGAGUCAGCAAGUUUUGUUGUCGACAGCAGUUGUUCGCGUCGAAGAUCGGUAUGGGAAUCACACGUUUGCAAGGACUUUACUUGAUUCGUGUUCAGAGUUCUGCUACGUCACGAGUAGCUUUGCACAGAAACUCAAUCUCCACGAGUCCUCAGAGACUCUGAAAGUACAGGGAAUAGGCAAUGUCUCGGUCACUUCAAGAAGAGCUGUAGAAGCGAAAAUUCAGCCACGUUUGUCCACCAUCUCAAGCUUCUGCGAAAUCAUUCGGUUCCAUGUUCUGCCCAAUAUAACUCAAACGCUGCCGAUCAAACCAGUGCCAAUCCAACAUCAAAAAUCAUUGCCGAAUGUUGUGUUAGCCGAUCCAGAUUUCUGGAAACCGGGAUCUAUAGACAUGAUUAUUGGAGCAGAAACAGCCACCUUUGUAAGUUCUUCAGCCCACCUCGAAGAUUUAAUCUCAAAGUUCUGGGAAUUAGAAUCUUGUCACAACAAAACCACGUAUUCUAUUGAGGAAUCAGCAUGUGAAGAGCACUUUAAAAGUACCACACGUCGUGAUUCAGACGGAAAGUUUUUAGUCACUCUGCCUAAGAAGCCUGGUGUAAUCCAACAACUCGGUGACUCACGAAAUUCAGCGAUGAGACGUUUCAUUAGUCUCGAAAAGCGCUUUAAUGCAAAUCCCGAGUUGAAAGCCAUGUAUGUCGAGUUCAUUCAUGAGUACAUGUUAAUGGGUCAUAUGCGAGAAGUGACAGAACAAAAAGGUCAGAACGAAUCGAGUCAGAAUUUUGAUUGUCAGAUUAGUCAGAAGUCAGAAAGCGUUGUUUAUUAUCUGCCGCAUCAUGCCGUGCUCAAACCGGACAGCACAACCACAAAACUACGUGUAGUUUUCGAUGCAUCGUGUCGCACCUCAACCGGCGUUUCGUUAAACGACGGAUUGAUGGUGGGCCCAGUUGUUCAGAACGAUUUAAUGUCCAUCAUCCUACGCUUCCGUCUGCAUCGAUAUGCUAUCAGCGCAGACGUUGAGAAAAUGUACAGGAUGGUUCGCGUGCAGAUUCCAGAUCAGCAUUUACUACGUAUUUUAUGGAGAGAUUCACCCAAUGACCCCAUCAAAACAUACGAGCUAACCACAGUUACUUACGGUACUGCAAGUGCUCCCUACUUGGCAACCAGAUGCUUAAAAAUGCUUGGAGAAGAGAAUGUUGUAACACAUCCCAUCGGAUCGAGAGUGAUACUCGAAGAUUUUUACGUCGAUGACUGCCUCACAGGCGCCGACUCUCUUGAGGAGGCAAAAACAAUCAUCAAGGAGACAACUUUUCUCACCGAUUCGGCAGGAUUCAACUUAAGAAAGUUCAAUUCAAAUUCCUCCAAGAUUUUAUCGAAGCUUCCUAAUCACAUGCUUGACAAGCGGCGAACAUUUGAACUCGACAGCUCCAGCAGUACGGUUAAAACACUCGGCAUGAAGUGGGAUACGUCAGAAGAUGAGUUUUGUUUCAGUUUUCCUCAGAUGAGGAGUUCAGAAUCAGCGAUAACGAAGCGAAUUGUGCACUCAGACGCAGCUUGCUUGUUCGAUCCACUCGGUUUAGUUGGCCCCGUUGUUGUUCAGGCAAAAAUCUUCAUUCAACAACUAUGGCGCCUGAAGAAAGAUUGGGAUGAGCCUCUGGAUGAGAGCUUUCAAAGGUUUUGGAUCGAGUACAAGCAGAAUUUGUUGGUUUUGGCGUAUAUCUCAGUUCCUCGUUGGGUCGGAUUUAGUCCAACUCUUGAGUCAGUUCAGUUGCACGGUUUUUGCGACGCAUCAGAACAAGCCUAUGGUGCAUGCCUAUACUUGCGCUGCGUCAAAACAGAUGGUUCGAUCACGGUACGGUUAAUCACCUCGAAGUCUAGAGUGGCGCCUCUAGAAAACUUGAAGCAGUCGAAAAGAAAAACCUCUAUACCACGUCUGGAACUAUCAUCUGCAUUGGUCCUCAGUCAUUUAUACGAAAGGUUCACUCAAGUCCACCCAAACAUCGUCGAGACCUAUUUUUGGACAGAUUCAAUGAUUGUCAGGCACUGGCUUGCUUCUCCACCAUCACGAUGGCAGAUGUUCGUCGCAAACCGAGUGUCAGAAAUUCAGCACAUCACUAAGAACGGAAAAUGGAAUCAUGUAGCCGGAAUCGAAAAUCCCGCAGACCUGAUUUCACGCGGUGCAUCUCCUGAGCAGUUGAUUAAACAGAGUUUAUGGUUUGACGGUCCCACCUGGUUAUCACAAGAGCAGCAGUUAUGGCCCACAGAAAACGACGAAAGCUCCACAGAAAUCGAUGCAUCCUUGUUAGAAGAGAAACCUAGUACUGCUCUUGUGACUCACGAAGCUCCAACAAACGAAAUUUUCGAACUACAUGAUUCCUUCAUCAGUCUCACCAGAAUUGUUGCCCUGUUCAAACGAUUUCGGCACAACGCUCAGAAGGUGAACAGGAAUAACCAUAUAGUCGGAAACCUCAGUCAGGCCGAAUUAUCAGAAGCAUCACUUACACUGGUCCGCUUAUCUCAGGCUGAAAGCUUUGCAGCUGAGUUAAGUGAUCUAAAAAAACAUGGAGAGGUCAAACCAUCGUCGCGGAUUGCAGGCUUGGGUCCCUAUUUACACGAAGGAGCAAUAUGA